AGAUUCUUGUUGGGUUUUGCUUUCGUCUCCGAAACAGUGAAACUUGUUCGUUCUUCGUCUUCUCUAACCCUCAACUCUGCUAGCGAAGUCAAACUAUCACUUGAAGAUGGCUAAUCACAACAGUAGUAGGCACACCAUCAUCUUGUUGCAAAAUUCUCCCAGCAGAGCUACCAGGACUUUCAUGGACUAUGAUUCUAUAGGCCAAGCUAUGGAUGGUAUUUGCGGCUUAUACGAAAGGAAGUUGAAGGAAAUUAACCCUUCCCUCAGAAAUAUUAGCUAUGACAUUGCUGACCUUUACAAUUUUAUUGACGGUCUUGCUGACUUGAGCGCUUUGGUCUAUGAACACUCGAUCAGCGCAUAUCUGCCAUACGACAGGCAAUGGAUUAAGCAGAAAGCAUUUAACCAUCUCAAGAGAAUUGCCAAUGGAAGCAGAUGAAGAAGAAACAUCAUUUGAAAGUAGAGCGGAGGAUGAAACAGCUCGUCUUUAUCAGGAAUUCGUGGAAUCGUUUCAAGGAGAUAAUGCAGCUAAGACUUUUGUUCGAGGUGGAACAAUCAAUCCCAAUGAUAAUAAGCUCAAGCCUGAUUCUCAAGGUGAAAAGUCCAGAGAUGGGGCUUCCAUUUCAAAGAAGGGGAGUAGGGAAGAAGAGAGAUCAAAGGAGAGAGAAAAUGGAAAGACUCGAAACAUAGAUCAUUUUAUGGAGGAGAUGAAGCGAGAACAAGAAAUGAGAGAAAGGCGAAACCAGGAUCGCGAGAAUUCCCGUGACCACCGCUUUGAUGAGCUACCUGAUGAUUAUGAUCCCACUGGAAGAUUUGGGCCAAUAGCUAGUGUUAAAAUUAUGUGGCCAAGAACGGAGGAGGAGAAAAGGCGAGAAAGACAUUGUGGCUUUGUUGGUUUCAUGAAUAGAGCCGACGGGCAAGCUGCAAAAGAUGAAAUGCAAGGGAUCAUUGUGUAUGAGUAUGAGCUGAAAAUUGGAUGGGGUAAAGCGGUUUCUCUGCCAUCACAAGCACUAUCAGCUCCACCUCCUGGGCAUAUGGCAAUCCGGAGUAAGGAGCGCUGCAAUUUAAUUUUUUCUGGUACAUCGGGUCCACCAAUAACUUCCGUUCCAAAUCAAAAUUCUGAGCUGGUUCUUACCCCAAAUGUUCCGGAUAUCACUGUUGUUUCUCCUGAGGACGAGCACCUCAAACAUAUUAUUGAUACAAUGGCCCUUAAUGUACUGGACGGUGGCUGCGCUUUUGAACAAGCAAUUAUGGAGAGGGGGCGUGGUAAUCCACUUUUUAACUUCUUGUUUGAGCUGGGCUCGAAGGAGCAUACCUAUUAUAUCUGGAGGCUCUAUUCCUUUGCUCAGGGUGAUACCCUUCAAAGGUGGAGAACAGAGCCGUACAUCAUGAUAGCUGGAAGUGGAAGAUGGAUUCCCCCACCGCAGCCUGCAACGAGGAGCCCAAACCAUGGAAAAGAGUCUACAAGCACAUACGCAGCAGGGAAAAGCAGGCGCACGGAAGCUGAGCAAACUCUAACCGAUUCCCAAAGGGAUGAAUUUGAGGACAUGUUGCGCGCUCUAACUUUAGAAAGGAGUCAAAUCAAAGAAGCUAUGGGGUUUGCUUUGGAUAACGCAGAUGCAGCUGGAGAGGUUGUUGAAGUUCUGACAGAGUCGUUGACCCUGAAAGAGACAUCGAUUCCCACUAAAGUUGCAAGACUCAUGCUUGUGUCUGACAUUCUUCACAAUAGCAGCGCUCAUGUUAAAAAUGCCUCUGCAUACCGGACAAAAUUCGAAGCAACAUUACCCGAUAUAAUGGAAAGCUUCAACGAUAUAUACCGCAGCGUAACUGGAAGGAUUACCGCGGAAGCUCUUAGUGAACGAGUACUAAAAGUACUGCAGGUAUGGGCAGACUGGUUUCUCUUCUCAGAUGCAUAUAUAAAUGGGCUACGGGCCACGUUUCUCCGUUCGGGAAGCUCUGGUGUUACCUCGUUUCAUUCCAUCUGUGGUGAUGCACCUGAUAUAGAGAAGAAAGGUCUCAUGGGCAAUAUGAACUAUGCUGAUAAGAUCAAUCAAGACGCUGCACUGGCAAUGGGCGAAGGAGCUGCAAGGCAAGAGCUAUUGAAUCUACCAAUGUCUGAGCUUGAGAGACGCUGCAGACACAACGGUCUGUCACUUGUAGGGGGUAGAGAGAUGAUGGUUGCUCGGCUGCUAAGCCUGGAAGAUGCAGAGAAACAGCGAGGCUAUGAAGUAGUAGAUGAAAAUGCGAAGUAUCGACAGGGACAUUCAACUUGGGAAGAAGUUAACAUUGAGCCUAAGCGGAUAAAAACCAGCUAUGAUAAAGUUGAAACUAAAGAGCCUGUGAAUCUGGCCUCAACAAUACCAAUCCCACAGCCGGAGCUAAAAGCCUUUGUGAAAAAGGAGAAAAAUGACCUCAUAUUGCCAACUUCCAGUUGGGCAAGAGACGAUGAUGAACAAAAAAAGAGCUACUCCUCUGGUAACGAUAAUGCUGGUGGAAUAACUUUCAAGACCGAUGAAGAGGAUCUCAAUGCUGAUCCAAGUGUUCGUAUCCAGCCUGAAAAUGAAAUCAACGAGGAGCAAAGACAAAAGCUUAGACGCAUAGAGGUUGCUUUGAUAGAGUAUCGAGAAUCUCUUGAGGAACAGGGGAUGAAAAACUCUGAGGAGAUAGAAAGAAAAGUUGUGAUUCACCGAAAGAGGCUUGAAGCUGAUGGCUUAUCAGGAAAUCAGAGAGUAUUGCCAGAGAAAAGGGAGAAGCGUGAAGAUUCUAGAGAUUCAUCUAGAAAGAGAUACCGAAGUGAGAGCCAGAAUCGAAGCCAGACUCCACCACAAAAAUCAUUAACCAGGGAAAGGGUGAGAGAUCAUGACUUGGACAAAGACAGACACAAAGACAGAAAUAGGCAACAACAUGAUUUGGACAAGGACCGAGAACGAAGAGCAAAGAGCUCAAGUCAUGAGAGAGACGAUCAUGAUAGAAGCAGAGAGCGAGACAGAGAUUGGCGCAGACGAGGCAUGAGAUGAGAUGAUUGUUUGUUUUGGUCUCUGCAGGACACGUGGAAUGUUCUUUAUUAACCUCUUUUGUCUCGUUGACUGAGAACAAAAUAUCUAAGAAACACAACUGUAUUUUGUGUGUAUUACUCCCUUUUUCAUAGUUUUCUGCAGAAGUUCCAUGUGAGAACCACUUGCUUUAAGCAUAAGAAGAUGAUUGAUUCUAUGUUUCUUUAAUCACUCAAUAAGUAGUACUUGUGUAA